AUGGUGUCAGGUGCAGUGGUAGAUAUAAAACCGUACUUUCCCGUUACUUAUCCUUUCUCUCAAUUUUUUUUUCUUCUUCUACCUUCUCUUCUUUUUUCUUUUUCUUCCUCUUCUUUCUCCUUCGGUUCCAUCUCCUUCGUCAUUCUCUUCACUCGUCUUCUUGAAUUUACUUCUUCAUCUUUCUUUUUCCUUCUUUCUAUUUAUUCUUCUAUCUUCCUUUUUUCCUUCACCUUUUUUAUCCUUCAUUAUCUUCUUUUUUUCUUCUUCACCUUUCUUCUUCUUCCGUUUUCUUCACCAUCUUUCUUUUCCUUCUUCCUUUUUCUUCUUCUUCUUCUUCUUCUUCCCUUUUCCUCUUCAUCUUUUUCUUUUUUCUUAGCUUUCUUCUUUCUGCCACAAUUUCCUUCACCCUUUUUCUUUUUCAUUCUCUGCCUUUUUCUUGUUGUUCUUCUUUCCUUUCUUCUUCUUUCUUUUUCUUCUUCCUCUUCUUUCUUCUUUCUCCCUCUUUUGCUUCUCCCUUUUUCUUUUUCAUUCUCUUCUUUUUCUUCUUCAUCUUUCUUUUUUCUUCAUUCUAUUUAUUCUUCUGCCUCCCUCUUUUCCUUCUCUCUCAUUUUCUCCUUUUUCUUCUUCACCUUUCUUCUUCCUUUUUCUUCUUCAUCUUUCUUUUUUCUUCUUUCGCUUUGUUUUCCUUCUCCCUUUUUCUUAUUCACCUUUCUUCUUCUUCUUCUUUUUCUUCUUCUUCCUCAAUCUUUAGCUUCUUCUUUCUCCCUAUUUUCCUUUCCUUCUUGUUCAGCAUUCUUUUCACUUUUCUUCUUCAUUUCUUUUUUUCUUUUUUCUCCUUCCUGUCCCAUCUCCUUCUUCAUUCCCUUCUCUUCUUCUUCUUCUUCUUCUUUCUCUUCCUUUUUUCUUCAUCUUUCUUUUUCUUUUUCCUUCGUCAUUUUUUUCUUUCCUUUUCCUUUUCCUCUUCAUCUUUUUCUCCUUUCUAUUUAUUCUUCUACCUCUCUUUUUUCCUUCUCCCUUUUUCUUCUUCAUCCUCUUCUUUUAUCUUCUUCACCUUUCUUCUUCCUUGUUCUUCUUCUCCUUCCUUUUUUAUUCUUUCUCUUCACUCUUCUUUCUCCCUAA